AGAAAAAUCUCCAAGAUGACACCUCUUUCUGCUCUUACCUCCAAUCCAGCGCCUUCACCUCCACCGAAGUUUGCACUCGGAAAGUGCCCUGCCACUGCUAUCCACGUGGUCAGUGUUCUUCGCCCAAACAGACAACGCUUUUGCUAUGAGAAAACGGAUGCUGGUGAUUUGAUCCCUCACAAAUGCCUCAUAUGCCAACCAAUUCUCACCGAGAAGCACAUUUCUCCGUACUACGCUGUCUACAGUGACCUACUCGAAGAUUUCGUGCUCUUCGGGUAUAAUACAAUGACCGGGAAGAUGGAGCAGUUUAUCUACGCUUUCAAGACGGAUUGCUUUGUUGAAGUGAAUCGUCCCGAGAUUAAGUACAAUCCGGCGUUUCUUGUUAAAGGAAACGUUGUGGUUGCUCUAAAUGGUCCUGAAGGCGAGCUGGUCGUGAUUGAAAGAGAUUGCCGUGGUCUUCUCAGUAAGGAAUCUACAAGUUAUGGACAGUUCCGAACUCUUCCAACAGCUGCUUUAAGGACUCUGACGCUUCAAGAUCUGGAACGUGAUAGGUGGGAUAGAGCCGCGAAUUCUGAUGAAGUCAAGAUUUCAUCAGGUAAUGAGAGCUUUGAUAGACUCUACGCAGAGUAUCAGAAGAAUCUCCCACGAUUCCAAGUUCGUCAAUGUCUGCAUUUGAACAAAGAAUUUCUAUGCGUCUAUUCAAAGACUAGCGGGGAUUACACAAGACUCGAGUACAUUGACGAAACAGGCGACUUCCAGAAGAUUUCCUGCACUCUUUGCACAUGUGAAGUCACCGAAUCGAACCUUAUUCCAUUGUAUGUGGAGCGUAAUGCAUCCGAAUUGGUGAUUCAUGUUCAUAACACCGAGAAUAAUCAAAUCGAGCAGUACAUCUAUGAUGUCCGUACAUUUGGAUUCGUUCAAGUUAAACGCAAUCUAGUUUAUGAUCCGAAAAAGAUCACCAGUGGGCUGAACUUGUUUAUGGCGGAAAAUAUAGACAAUCGCAAGGUGUAUAUGAUCAUGAGAGGUCGUGAUGGAAGACUUCAGAAAGAAACAUCUGGAAGUGGAGGCUUCGAGAAGAUGCAGCCAGUUGCGGUGAAAACAUUCCAAGUUCAAUGGGUUGAGAUGAAAACUGAAUUCGAAAAGAAGAAGGCUAGCACGGAGCGAGUCGAGCCACAACAUCCAGUUCAGACGGAGGGCGAAGAUAUAAUGGAAACCGUGUUAGCGAUGGUUGAAUCUUUUAAUUGUGACUUGAGAAAGGAACUUGGAUUGACACAGGAUCAAGAGAUUCCCAGAAAGGCGCCUAGAGUGGAAUCAGCUGAGACGGAAGAGAAUAUAGUGAAGAAUCUCGAGAAGCUCCAAAUUGCGAAGGAUCCCGAAGAGCCGACUACAGCUGCUUCUGAAGGUGGAAAUACAUAUGGGUAUCAGGAAUUGGACGAUACGAUGUCUGAGGGCUUAUUGGAAAAAGAAGCAGAAUCGAAGCAUCAGGACGCCAACGAACCAGAGCCUGUGAAGAAUGUCACCUAUGAGCCGGAUGUUGCAGCAAUGGACAAGAAGAAAAAGCGGAGAGAGCUCAAGAGUCGGCUGAACAAAAUUAAUGCUCAAAUUGACGAGUUGGAGAAACGAAGAAUGGAAAGAGCCGGAAAGAAACAAGUCGUCUCAAGCUCAGUGCCUUCGGAAGAAGCUGCUCAAGUUGAAGCACCUGCUUCACCUGCUCUGGCCGAGAACACUAAUCAAAUCUCAAACGAAGAAACACCUAAAAUUGAUAUAUUUGAAGGGUACAAUGGUUCUUUCUUGUUCGGGACAAACACAUCAAAGGAAUGGAUCGUUGAAGACAUCCGAAAUCACAUGGUUGGAAAAUUGUUGAAAGCGUUCUGGCCAAGAAUCCAGAAUGUAGAAGAGAUGAAUGGUGAACUGUUUAAAAAGUUGAUCGCCAAUGCCAGAAAAUGUGAAACGGAGAUUUUGGAAGCAUCGAAUGACCGAGAUGAAUACUAUCGUUUGAUGCAAUUAACAGUUGACCAGAUUCUCAAGAAAACUUUAAAAAAAGACCAACGAGCCACUGAACAUAACCACCAACAACCAACACAAAGCUCCGAUGAACUUGCCAAAAAUCACGAGAAAAACUAAAUCAGUUCACAUUCAUUUUCUUUUAUAUCUCUUGCUUUUGCUUAUAUCCUGUAAUGAAUGCGUGCUUUAUCCCAAAUAAAUAUUAAAUUGAUAAGUA